AUGACAAGUCAAAUACUCGUUUCAUCUGCUCCUGCGGAUGAUGAGAAGAACUUCAGUAUUAGGAUGAGAUUCAAAACUGGUCUUUUUCCCGAAAGGACACCUCCUCCAAUUGGUACCAGUUUAGUAGUUACAACGGAAGCAUUACUGACUCCAAAAAUUACCGUAGAUUUUUCCAUGAUCGUUUCUUCGAACUGUCCGACUCAAUAUGAUGCAGUUAAUUUCAUAAAGUGUCCUCAGUCGGUUAAUUAUGGUGGAGUCUAUGAUUAUUCUGUGAACUUCUUUUUAAGUAGACCAAUAGGAGAUUAUACGUUCACAUUCAGCACUGAUCAAUACAGUGCUUCGAUUGGACAUAUAUCUUUAACUCUACCUCCAACAUUUGCUACUUAUCCAGAAGGUUACAAAAUAAAUACAGAGGAAUUCGUUACAUCGAAUGCCGUACUGACAACUUUCGGUUACGUAAGUGUUACAAAUCUACAGAGUCUAGGAAUCGUGAAUGAUUCAACAUUAUCAUUGUCAAAUGAGAUAAGUUAUCUUAUUCCAGUGUUUACUGCUGAUUAUAACAAGCUACCGGUAAAUUUCACUUACAAUAUGACACUUGGUUCCUAUUCUACUUCUGGUAGCUUCAUGUUUAUUACUACUACUCCAGCAAUACUGGUCGAAUUACUUCCAAUCAGAGUUAAUCUUCAGCCAGGUGAAAGAACAACUAUUACUGUGAAGUAUAUAUUUCCACUGAAUUCCACUUAUCCAAACUCGUCUGUAGAAAUUAGUGGAGGUGGAGCAAACGAUAACAAUGAGACUAUAAUAUGUGUCAAUGAUUUCAGAAUAAGCUUGGGUUCAAAUUUAGUCCCACUGACAACUACUUAUUCAUCUACCUAUAAGCCAAAUAAUCAAACAGGCCUUAUGGAUCGCGUGAUAAUUCACUUUGAAAAUAUCGUUAACAUCGGAACUGUAAGUGUACCUCUAAUGCGCAACACUGCCAUGCUUUCAGUGGAUAUCCAGUUAAGUGAUAGUAAAAGUGUUGAAAAUGGGACUGUCUGGUUGAUGCAAUUUGCUGGUCGAUUCAAUAAUAUUACAAAGCUCACCAACUUAUCUGUAAUUUGUGUAAGAACUGGUUUGGAAAAACCUUCAAUUGAAGUUGUACCAUCUCAAUUAUCACUGGUUGCAUCCAAUGAUUGCCCUAAUCGAUUUUUGAAGGAUCGAAUUAACAAAGGGGUAGAAAAGACCUUCAACAUGGGACCAUUUGUUGAACAGAUUAUAGCAUACACAAAUCCACUUGGCAUAUUGUUCGGUUUGGGAGCAAAUGGUGGAGGUGUAAUGUUGAGUAAGAACUUUGGAAAGACAUGGAUUUCAAUCAACCCAUUCAUGUAUCAAAACACUUUGAAUACGUCGACUGGAAUCAUCACAGCAAGUGUCGUACCAUGGAUUUCAUCUACUGGAUCAAUUGACAAUACACUGUUUGAGUCAUUUUGCAAGAUGCGAGUGGCUGAACAAUGGAAUGUUUGCAUCAACCAAAUCUAUGCCAACCAAAUGCUGUUAGCUAAUUGGACUUACACAUGCCCGAAAAUCAAACUGUUUUAACCAACCAAUUAUCUCCACCGGAAAUACGAACAUAGCUUAAACACUGGUGAAUUUAAUUCGUGUUAGAUUCAGGUUGUAUACGAUUAUGUAGUUGUCAGUGAAUUUCUAUUUAUACUGUUUGUUAUCUGAUUAUUCACCUAAAACUUUACCUAUUUUUAAUUAAUUACAUGCUUGUAAAACUUC